AAGGUAUAUCCUCUGGCCCUUGGAGAGUGAGCGUGAGGCUGAAUGGGAGCCAGAAAAAGGGGAAGGGCCUCGCGUCAGCCAACAAAAACAGCUGCCUGAGACUACGCAGGAAAACAGUGUCUGGUAGAGUAUAGGGAGAGGUGGACAGGGAGAGAGAGGACAGGAGAGAGAGAGAGAGCGCCAGGGCUGACAUCUCUAUAUGGGUUGCGUCCUGACUGCGGAGCCUUGCUGUGGGGAGGAAGCAGAGCCUGUGCCCGUGGUGAGAGGGUCACUGACGCGCCGAGGUCCAGAGAGGUCCAACAGCGGCAGGAUGAGGCUGACUAAGACAGGGAAGGGGGAGCCCCAUGUCUUCAAGGAGAAAACAUUUAAGAAGAACCGUCAGUGUGGGGUGUGUCGUCAGAGUGUGGACAACACGGGGUCCUUUUGCCGAGUGUGUAAAACAGCCACUCACAAGAACUGCGAGACAAAGGUGACCACAGCUUGCAUCCCAGCUCUCCCGCCUGAUCUGCAGGGCAAAGGAACUGCUCCAUCCCGACACAUCCAACACCUGGGCUCCACAAGGUCUUUGACUUACAACAAACAGAGGAACACCCUCUCCAGGAGUAUCAGUGUGGACCGUGUGAUGGAGAGAGUCAUGGAGCGUCAUUAUGACUUUGACCUGACCUACAUCACUGAGAGGAUCAUCUCCGUGUUCUUCCCCCCUCUGCUGGACGAGCAGCGCUACCGUCUCAACCUCAAGGAGGUGACCGCCAUGCUCAGGUCCAAGCACCAGGACAAGUUCCUGCUCUUCAACCUCUCUGAACGACACCAUGACAUCACCCGCAUGAAUCCAAAGGUCCUUGACUUCGGCUGGCCUGACUUCCAUGCCCCUCCCCUGGACAAGAUCUGUGCCAUGUGUAAGGCCAUGGAGACGUGGCUGACCUCCGACCCCCAGCAUGUGGUGGUCCUGCACUGCAAGGGCAACAAGGGCAAAACAGGAGUGAUUAUUGCAGCCUACAUGCACUACAGCAAGAUCUCUGCAGGGGCAGACCAGGCCCUCAGCACCCUGGCCAUGAGGAAGUUCUGCGAGGACAAGGUAUCUUGCUCCCUCCAACCGUCCCAAAACAGGUAUAUCUACUACUUUGGGGGGCUCCUCUCUGGGGCGAUCAAGAUGAACAGCAGUCUGCUACUCCUCCACCAGGUCCUCAUCCCCACGCUUCCUAACUUCCAGGGCAAAGGAGGUUACUUCCCCUUCCUGAAGAUCUACCAGUCCAUGCAGCUGGUCUAUACAUCAGGGAUAUAUGACUUGAAGGGUUCUGUAGGCAGAAGACUGUGUGUGACCAUUGAGCCUGCACUGCUGCUGAAGGGAGACAUCAUGGUGAAGUGUUACCACAGACGGGCACAGGGUGCAGAGAGGGACACAGUGUUCAGACUGCAGUUCCACACCUGCACCAUCCACGGGGCCCAGCUAUGGUUCGGCAAGGGGGAGUUGGAUGAGGCCUGUACUGAUGAACGAUUUCCCUCGGAUGCCACUGUGGAGUUUGUCUUCUCCUCGGGACCAGAGAAAAUGAAAGGGCGUGAGUACCAGAGAAAUGACCCUGCUGUCACAGUGGACUACAACACAGCUGAUCCAGUGGUGCGCUGGGACUCCUAUGAGAACUUCAACCAGCGCUAUCAAGACAGCCUUGAUGACAUAGCCCACACCAGGGGUCCAGUGGACGGAAGUCUGUACGCCCAGAUAAAGAAGCGUCUCUCAGCCCCAGGCUCUGGCUCCCUGACCUCCACCAAUGGCAGUCCAGCAGGCACCAGCGAGGAGAGGCCCAGUCAGAGCCAGCUGCUCUCUCCCAGCUCUGACUCUCUCACUCACUCCGGCCACUCGUCUGCCCUCCCAGAGCAUCCAGAGGAGUCCAGAGGGCUCCCGCCACCCACCCGGCAGGAGAGAGAGGACCUGGACCGACUGCUGGGGGGCAUCGAGGGGGAGAGGGAUGGCCUGGACAGAGAGAGGGAGACUGCCAUCCUGGACGAUGGGGACUUGUCGUCUGAGCAUACAGGCACCCUGAGGCUCGACCGCUCCUGUUCUUGCCGGGUGGGCUACCACUCCCAGCGCUGUGCCGAGCCCGGCUGUGACCGACUCCACCUCAUGUCCAGUGGCUACUGCCGGGACAGAGCUCCGGGCACCAACGGCCACCCUGGGUCACCGCCCUUGACUAACCCUGCCACCGUCCCCUCACACAUGGACCUGUGUCAGCACUACAGCCCACACCCUCAACCCCAUCAGGCCCUGCCUCCCCCUGACCUGGUAUGGAACCGCCAACAGGGCCCUCCACACUACCUGCACCAUGAGGGACCCUCUCGUCACCCCUCUCUGUGCCCCUAUCCAUCCCAGGACCUGACCUCUCACCCCCACACCCUUCAUCCCGGGCGCCUGCUCUGUAGAAGUGAUGACUAUGGUCCGUACCACCACCCUCCCUCACACACACACCAUCACCCUCACCACCCCAAGUCCUCCGGGUCCUACCAAGAUAUGCUGCUGCUGGACGGCAUGCCACCCCCUGGCUGCCCCUGCCGGGACUGCCUCAUCAGGAGGGAGGAUUCAGCCUUCCACAGCCUGCGGCUGGAGCGAGGAGAGAGCUUCCACUGGGACAGAGAGGCAGAACUGCAGCAUCGGGAAGCAGGGCUAAGGAGAGUAAGGGAGUCUGAGCUGCCUAGAGGGGCAGAGAUGCACUGGGAGAGGGAGGCAGGGGGACUGAGAAGAGGCAGGGAGAUGUCACUGCACUGGGAGAGAGACAGGGAGGCAGAGCUCCAAUGGGAGAGGGAGAGAAAGGCCGACUAUUGGCACCGGAGGGCCUACAGGCUUCAGGACCACGAGCUACCUGCCUUCUCCUUUGACCCUCUGCCGUCUGGCCACCCUGCGUACCCAGAGGCGUCUUGCUCCCACGGCCACGCCCACCUGGACCUGAAGUACAGCAGCAGCAGUGGCUACCAGACCCCGCACCAGGUCUGCCUCUGCUCCCACUACCAGCCCUCCCCCUCUGAGAGCAGGGGUUAUGCCUCAGGUUACCAGUCUGAGUCCACCUCCCCUCUGCCCCCUCCCUCCACCCUGUCAGGCCCCUGCAGCCACACCAGAGGGCCAGCAGACCACCACCCCGAAGCCCACACUCAGCAGUUCCCAUCUGAGAGCCAGACAGAUGGAAGGGGGGUGAGUGAGAACGUGAGUUGGCGGGACCACAUCUCCCAGGGUUCCUUCAAGAGGAUGCAUCCUUCAAGAGAUGUCCCGUGUUCCACGCCCUCUGACCUCUCUAGGCCGCCCACCCCUGUUCUCACCAGCAGCCCUCUGUGCACACAAGAAAGCCUCAGUGUAAGUGUGCACUCACUAGUUGGAUCGACUGACAUAGUCAACAGUGACUGUGAGUCUGUCCAGUCUCAGGAUAGGCCCGGCAGUGCUGCUGCUCAGGGGUCGCAGGUCAGCCAGCAACACAUCCCUGACCCUUUACAGUCUACAUCCGUGACACCCACACCUUCCCCCACCCAACCCAACAGCCGCUGGACCACACUGACAGCAACACAACCUCCCUCACCCUACCAGCCCCAGAACCACAGCGCUACAUCUUCACCCUACCAGCCCCAGAACCACAGCGCUACAUCUUCACCCUACCAGCCCCAGAACCACAGCGCUACAUCUUCACCCUACCAGCCCCAGAACCGCAGCGCUACAUCUUCACCCUACCAGCCCCAGAACCACAGUGCUACAUCUUCACCCUACCAGCCCCAGAACCACAGCGCUACAUCUUCACCCUACCAGCCCCAGAACCACAGCGCUACAUCUUCACCCUACCAGCCCCAGAACCACAGUGCUACAUCUUCACCCUACCAGCCCCAGAACCACAGUGCUACACCUUCACCCCACCAGCCCCAGAACCACAGUGCUACACCUUCACCCCACCAGCCCCAGAACCACAGUGCUACAUCUUCACCCCACCAGCCCCAGAACCACAGUGCUACACCUUCACCCCACCAGCCCCAGAACCACAGUGCUACAUCUUCACCCCACCAGCCCCAGAACCACAGUGCUACAUCUUCACCCCACCAGCCCCAGAACCACAGUGCUACAUCUUCACCCCACCAGCCCCAGAACCACAGUGCUACAUCUUCACCCCACCAGCCCCAGAACCACAGUGCUACACCUUCACCCCACCAGCCCCAGAACCACAGUGCUACAUCUUCACCCCACCAGCCCCAGAACCACAGUGCUACAUCUUCACCCCACCAGCCCCAGAACCACAAUGCUACACCUUCACCCCACCAGCCCCAGAACCACAGUGCUACAUCUUCACCCCACCAGCCCCAGAACCACAGCGCUACGUCUUCUCCCCAACAGCCCCAGAACCACAGAGCUACAUAUUCACCCCACCAGCCCCAGAACCACAGUGCUACAUCUUCACCCCACCAGCCCCAGAACCACAGCGCUAAAUCUUCACCCCACCAGCCCCAGAACCACAGUGCUACAUCUUCACCCCAGCAGCCCCAGAACCACAGCGCUACAUCUUCACCCCACCAGCCCCAGAACCACAGCGCUACAUCUUCACCCCACCAGCCCCAGAACCACAGCGCUACAUAUUCACCCCACCAGCCCCAGAACCACAGUACUACACCUUCACCCCACCAGCCCCAAAACCACAGUACUACACCUUCACCCCACCAGCCCCAGAACCACAGUGCUACAUUUUCACCCCACCAGCCCCAGAACUACAUUGCUACAUCUUCACCCUCAACUACAACCGGCCAGCCCAGCAACCACUGCCACCCUGCUACACCCACUCAGACACCCACUGAGAAAGCUAGCCUAACUGGUCCAAAGACCACCCAUCCUACAGAGACUGCUGUACUGCCUCCUGUUGCCCAGCCCCAGUUCCAGUCCCCCAACCCUGUACCUGGAGCAUGUCCACUCAGGAAACUGACCACAGAGGUCCCUAAAUCCAGCUCCACCCUCACCUCGGCCCCUUCCUCCCCCCAGCCUCCCAUCAGCAGUCUAGAGGGGUUCCCCUCCUCAGAGCCUCCUGUGCCCGGCUUCGCCACCCUGGGCCGGAGGUUGAUGCUGGUCACUGAGCCCCCAGGACCCCUGCAGCACCACCCUGGCAUGGAGGGCAGCACCAGUGGGCACUCUCCAGCCCCUGAGGUACACACCACCCCCACAUUCCCCAUCUCUGCCACCGGCUGCUAUCCCCCAUCAGUCCCACAUGUGCCAUACUUGAGCUACACUGCUGUCACCAUCCCCCAGUGCCCACUCCCAGAGAAACGGGGUCAGUCUGCCCAGCCAGGGUCGCCUAAUUGCGGGGUGAGGACCCUGAGGCCAACCCCCUCACAGCACCAUGUCACCUUCUCUCCAACGGUGGGGGAGAUGGCGCCCCCUGCAGGCCAAGGGGAGGGAGUGCUAUCUCUGGAGAGUGAGAUGGCAGGCAGAGUCAAUGUUACGUUUGUCCAGGACAACUCACGCUUCUGGUACAAGCCUGGCAUCUCCAGGGACCAAGCCAUAGCUGCGCUGAAGGAGAGAGAACCAGGGGCCUUUCUCAUCCGGGACAGCAACUCCUUCCAGGGAGCCUAUGGCCUGGCGCUGAAAGUGGCCACCCCGCCCGCUAACCUCAACAACCCCAGCAGCAGAGUGGUCGAUCCAUUGGAGCAGCUGGUGCGACACUUCCUGAUUGAGACGGGCCCCCGUGGAGUGAAGAUCAAAGGGUGUCAGAAUGAGCCCCACUUUGGGAGUUUGUCUGCGUUAGUAUACCAGCAUUCCAUCACUCCCAUCUCUCUGCCCUGUUCCCUACGGAUCCCAGAGAAAGAUCCCAUUGGAGAAAUGCAGGAGCUGCAGUCGACUGCUAGUAACAUGAGCACAGCUUCAGACCUACUCAAACAGGGUGCAGCCUGUAAUGUGCUUUACCUGAACUCUGUGGAGACUGAGUCACUGACCGGACCCCAGGCCAUCUCCAGAGCAACCGGAGCCACCCUGGCACAGAACCCCCGGCCAGCGGCCACAGUGGUCCACUUCAAAGUGUCCUCACAGGGCAUCACACUGACCGACAGCCAGCGCAGGGUGUUCUUCAGGAGACACUACCCAGUCAACAGUGUGACCUUCAGCAGCAUCGACCCCCAGGACAGGAGGUGGACUAACUCAGACAGCACAACUUCUAAGGUGUUUGGGUUUGUAGCCAAGAAGCCAGGCAGCAUGGCAGAGAACGUGUGUCAUCUGUUUGCCGAGCUCGACCCGGAGCAGCCUGCCUCAGCCAUCGUCAACUUCAUCAACAAGGUGAUGUUAGGGCCGCAGCGCAGGUAGAGAGACAGAAAAGGACCAAGCCAGGGACCUGUCACCACAACAACACUGUCACAACUCCUAAAGAGAAUCCGGAGGCUACAGAAAUGCUUUACAGACCCAUAAAGCACCAGUGGUGGUGGCAUCUUUUCAAAGACUGAGUUUUGACCCCAAAGGCUCAACAUUUUAAACAUGACUGCCAUUUUGAAUUAUAAUCUAAAUGUAAUCGUUGUUUAUAUUCUAAUGUCUAUAAUGCCGCCAUUGAUAGUUGCCUUCGAGAUACCAAAGCUUUGUUGUCACUUGUUAGUCAGUAAUCUAAGGUAUCAAUAAGUAGCCUAGUCUACCAAAGAUCUUGCCUCAACCCUGUCACUCUCCCUUUGACAAUCAUAAGUGUAAGUCAAACACAAUGUAGAAGAUGAUAUAGUCCUACAGCAGGCUACAGUAGACUACAGUAGAUUACAGUAGGCUACAUUAGGCUACAGUAGAUUACAGUAGGCUACAUUAGGCUACAGUAGAUUACAGUAGGCUACAUUAGGCUACAGUAGAUUACAGUAGGCUACAGUAGACUGACUACAUUAGGCUACAGUAGAUUACAGUUGGCUACAGUAGACUGACUACAUUAGGCUAUAAUAGAUUACAGUAGGCUACAGUAGACUGUAGACUGAUUAGGCUACAGUAGAUUACAGUAGGCUACAGUAGACUAACCACAUUAGGCUACAGUAGACUACAGUAGGCUACAAUAGGCUACAGAAGACUGACUACAUUAGGCUACAGUAGAUUACAGUAGGCUACAGUAGAUUACAGUAGGCUACAGUAGACUACAGUAGGCUACAAUACACUGACUACAUUAGGCUACAGUAGAUUACAAUAGGCUACAUGUAUAUUACAUUAUGCUACAGUAGACUACAUUAGGCUACAGUGGAUUACAGUAGACAACAGUAGACUGCAGUAGACUGACUACAUUAGGGUUCAGAAGGGUAUGUUAGGCUACAGUA